UAGGGUUUUGGCAAUAGAACUCUCUGAGUAUCAGGAGGUUGCCCUUACAGAGCCGUCGGGUCGAGCGUUCACUCUUUCUCCGCAGCUAAGCAGGCAGCUUCCCAAGCUCGACAAUGGCCGUAGGUAAGAACAAGAGGAUCUCCAAGGGGAAGAAGGGAGGAAAGAAGAAGGCAGCUGAUCCAUUCGCCAAGAAGGACUGGUAUGAUAUCAAGGCUCCGUCAGUGUUCAGCACCAGGAACAUCGGCAAGACGCUCGUUACCCGUACUCAGGGUACAAAGAUUGCUUCUGAAGGUCUGAAGCACCGUGUGUUUGAGGUAUCAUUGGCGGAUCUCCAGAAUGAUGAGGAUAAUGCCUUCAGGAAGAUUCGUCUUAGAGCUGAAGAUGUUCAAGGAAGGAAUGUCCUAACAAACUUCUGGGGUAUGGACUUCACAACUGAUAAGUUGAGGUCAUUGGUGAAGAAGUGGCAAUCAUUGAUUGAGGCUCAUGUGGAUGUUAAAACCACUGACAACUAUACCCUGAGGAUGUUUUGCAUUGGAUUUACUAAGAAGCGUGUUAAUCAGCAAAAGAGAACAUGCUAUGCUCAGUCAAGCCAGAUUCGCCAGAUCCGCCGCAAGAUGCGAGAGAUUAUGGUGAACCAAGCACAAUCAUGUGAUCUCAAGGAUUUGGUUCUGAAGUUCAUUCCUGAGUCCAUUGGCAGGGAAAUUGAGAAGGCUACUUCAAGCAUCUACCCUCUGCAGAAUGUGUUUAUCCGCAAGGUCAAGAUCUUAAAAGCUCCCAAGUUUGACCUUGGAAAGUUGAUGGAGGUCCAUGGUGACUAUACUGAAGAUGUUGGUACAAAGUUGGACAGGCCUGCUGAUGAACCAAUUGCUGAGGCAACUGAGCCAGUCGGAGCUUGAAAUGGAGUUUUGAUUUGAUUUUGGAAGUUGUUAUAGUUUUCCUUGAACAAGUUGAAGAAUAUAUGUUUAAUGUACUUUGGUCUGUUAGACAGUUUUGGGAAGGAGUUUUUGAGAAGCAUCUUUCUAUGAAUUAUUAUGCAAUGGUCUUUAUUUAUUAGAGAUAAAAAAAUUUUAUGUGCCA